AUGAACGCGGAUAAUAGGCGAGGGGAGAUGGCGGACGUGAAGAUGCAGCUGGGUCAACUCGCGGGAAGCAGGGCGCCGGGAGCGGCGGAGAUGCGGCGCGAGCUCUUCAAGAAAGUCAUAUCGCACAUGACCAUCGGGAUUGACGUGUCGUCCGUCUUCAGCGAGAUGGUGAUGUGCAGUGCGGCGUCGGACCUGGUGGUGAAGAAGAUGUGUUACCUGUACGUCGCCACCUACGCCGCCACCAAGCCCGAACUCGCCCUGCUCACCAUCAACUUCCUGCAGCGCGACUGCCAGGACGACGACCCAAUGAUACGUGGCCUAGCCCUGCGCAACCUGUGCGCCCUGCGGGUGCGCGGGCUGGUAGAAUACCUCGUGGGGCCCCUGGAGCGCGGGCUAGGGGACGUGAGUGCGUACGUGCGGGCAGUGGCGGUGAUGGGCGUGCUGAAGCUGUAUCAUUUGGCUCCUGGGGUGUGCCGGGAGCAUGGGUACAUCGGCAUGCUGAAGAGGAAACUCACAGACGAUCCAGAUGCGCAGGUGGUGGCUAAUUGUGUGAGUGCGUUGCAGGAGAUACUGGCAGGGGAGUCGCUGGCAGAGAAUGGAGACCCCGAGGCUGUCAGGGACCGUGACAUGCUGCACAGCCGCUCCAUCGUUUUCGCCCUCCUCAACCGUAUGAAGGAGAUGAACGAGGCCUUUGACCUCAUGAACCUGCUAGAGGACCGCCUGCAGCAUGCCAACAGUGCCGUCGUGCUCGCCACUGCCAUGCUGUUUCUCCACCUGACGCUCUCCAUGCCAGAUGUGCACCACCAGGUAUACGAGCGCAUCAAGACCCCGUUGCUUACGCUGAUGGGCACGUGCAGCACGGAGCAGUCAUACGCAGUGCUCUGCCACCUCUCCCUGCUCGUAUCUCGCUGCCCGUGUGUGUUUGCGGGAGACUACAAGCAUCUGUACUGCAAGGUCCGCGACCCGCCCUAUGUGAAGCGACUCAAGCUGCAGAUGUUGACCGCAAUUGCCAACGACAGCAACACAUAUGACAUUGUGACGGAGUUGACAGAGUAUGCAGCGGACGUUGAUGUUUCAAUCGCACGGGAGGCGAUUCGAGCAGUGGGGCAGAUAGCGCUGCAGAGCUACGAUGUGAACGGCAUUGUGGACCGGCUGCUGCAGUUCCUGGAGAUGGACACCGACUAUGUCACUGCGGAGACCCUGGUGCUGGUGCGGGAUCUCCUGCGCAAGUACCCCCAGUGGGCGCAGGACUGCAUCGCUGUGGUGGGGUCCGUGAGCUCUCGCUCUGUCACUGACCCGCGGGCCAAGGCGGCACUCGUGUGGAUGCUGGGGGAAUACGGCCAGCACAUGGGGGAUGCCCCGUACACCCUGGAGGGUUUUGUCAACUCGUGGGAGGAGGAGACGAAUGCGGAGGUGCGUCUGGAGCUGCUGACAGCAGUGGCAAAGCUCUUCUUCAAGCGCCCCCCCGAGUGCCAGAAGAUGCUGGGCGCCGUGCUCGCCCACGGACUCGCGGAGUCGCAGCAGGACGUGCACGACAGGGCUCUCCUCUACUACCGGUUGCUGAGGGCGGGAGUGGGCGUGGCAGAGCAGGUGAUCAACCCAGAGAAGCAGCCGGUGUCGGUGUUUGUGGACUCGCAGGGCAGUGAGACGCGCGAUCGCAUCUUUGAUGAGUUCAACUCCCUCUCUGUCGUCUACCAAAAGCCAGCAUACCUGUUCCUGGACAAGGAUCAGCGCAGCCUGCUUGACGCCGAAUACACCUCCGUGGCCUCUGCUGCCGCCACUGCUUCUGCAGCAGCCGCUGCCACUGCUCCUGCCACUGCCGCUGCUCCAUCGGCCCGCGCCUCACAGGGUGAAUCAGCUGCCUCGCUCCUUGAUGCCUCUGACAGGGAGCUUGCCAACUCACCUCUCAUCUCAGCUGAUGCAGUUCCCAAUGGUCAUGCUGCUGCCGCUGGUAGUGCCGCUGGUGCUGGUGCUGCAGCAGCAGCGGCUCCUCUGCUGCCGUUGGAUCUUCUAUCCGACGGACCCACACAUCCUGCUGCUGCUCCCCCUCCUGCUGCUGCCCCUGCAGCAGCAUUGGACCCGUUUGCAGAGCUAGCAAGCACACAACCUGCCUAUUCCGAUGCCCCCAGUGCAGCAGCAGCACCACCAGGAGCAGGAGCGCCAGCAGUGCCAGCAGCAGCAGCAGGAGCAGACAGCACGACAGCUGCAGCGUCUGCUGCUGCAGCACCAGCAGCCCCUGCAGGGGCCACUGGAGGAGGCACCGGUUUCGACUCCAUCGACAGUCUGUUGGGUCUUGCAGCGCCAUCGCCGGCGCCAGGUGGCGGAGCGGGAUUGGAGGACAUGCUGUCGGGGGCGCCUGCGCCUGUGCGGCCAGCGCUGGUGCUUAGUGCCAAGGCAGCCCUGGAUGCACCGUCCUUCCAGCGCACGUGGAGCCACCUGCCUGUGGCUGCCACUCUCGAGGAGAAGCUGCCAGGAACCUUCAUCACUGCCCUGACAGCGCCCGCCCCUCUGUUAAGGCACAUGGCACACAGGAGCAUUCAGUGCAUGGCUUCAGGCGGCCAACGUCCCGCCUUCCGAUUCUUCUUCUACGCGCAAAAGGCUGAUGCGGCGCCAGGUGGCAUGUUCCUUGUGGAGCUACAGGUGAACACGAGUGCUGCCACGGCAAGUGGCAAGGUGAAGGGGGCGGCAGGAGCAGCUGACGAGUUUGCUGCCUUGUUUCGUGACGCCUUGCUGUCGUUUGGCCAGCUCGUUUAA